CGCGUGUCCUUUAUUCCGAUCAAUGGUGUGGAUACACGGUGCACCGGAGUACCCACCUGUAACGCUUCGGUCAAUCAGUGGUCUUUUUCAUCCUUCUUUUGGCGGCGGUGAUAAGCACGCGGUUGCCGUGGAUGGAUCUGCUGCAGUGGUGUGGCUCUCUCGCGAACGGGUUUUGCUUUUAAGAGCGUUGUUUUUUGAGCUACUUGAUAAUUCUGAGGCAAGGAGAAAAGAGUCGUGCUCUCAUCAAGGAUCUUAAGUGAACCUCCCUCGUGGCUUGCUUAUUCGAGUUUUUGAAAUUCACUAGAUGCUGUUAGGAUUCUUGGUGAGUGUUUUAGGGAAAAAAUUUUUACUUGAUCAUUUCUUCGAAAGCAGGUUUUUGACUUUGUUUAUGUGGCUACGGAUGUCCUAGAUACGUGGCAAGCGCGGCUCCAAAGAUCUUUAUUACCCAACACACCAUCAUAAAUGACUCUAAGGUGUCUGUGGACAAGACGCGACGCUCCCUUUGCUUCACUUCCUCCACCUACAGAAGAUAGCCUUUACGGCUAAGCAACAGUGCUAAGUGAAGUGAACUGGUUUGAUUCUCGUGGUGUUGUAGAGCAAAUCGGCUAAUACAACUAGAAGUAGAGUCUCGUACCCAGGAGUAAAAUUUGUGCAUUGACUGCACGCGUCCCAGCGCGACUGCGUUGUCCACUACCACAGCCGUCCUGUCUAGAAAUCUUUGAUGUUCAACUGAAGAAUGUGGAUGACGAUAUUAAGGGAAGAGACUUCUGUCUGCAAAUAGAUGAUGGCACUUCAAUCAAAGCAACCGGUUACUUUUCCCUCAUUUAUCCUAGGUUAGUCCUCCCUACAUUAAAGAUAUUUUAUUGUGCUCUUUAUUGUAUUGUACCGUAUUGGUAUUGUCUUAAUUAACAUUGUGCGAGAUUUGUUGUAUUGUAUUGUAGUCUUAAGGUUUUUUAGGGUGGUAAAGCCUCUACUUAUGGUGAUGAUCAAAAGGCCUGCUUCAUAACCCUUUCGGCAACGAAGACUAUGCCGCAAGGCGCAGCUUGAAGAACUAU